AUGAUUGAGAACAGCUUCCAGCAUGCAAAAAAGAAUGGCCUGUGGCGCAAGAACAAAGUACAUGGAGAAGAGGAAGUGAAACUAGUCCUUGAAGAGACGUUUUGCAAGGCCGAUGAGAAGGGGGAGACCUCGCACCUGGAAUCGGCUGGAGACCUGCAGGAUGAUGAUGGUGUCCUUCUGGAGUCCCAGCUUGACCAAAUGGACAUCGAGCCAGAGGCCCAGACGCCUGAGGAUAAGGAUCGCGCGGAGCAAGCAGCGGCGGCAGCGGCAAGUGCUGCCUCUGGCGGCACAAAGCUGUGGUCUGCCAUCAAGGCAGCUGUCGGCAAGAUGAACGGAGUGACCGACCCAGAUUUGGAGAAGUUGGCCAGCUACCGCUCCUCAAAGUCUGGGAGAAGUGGCAAGAAUGCUGCACGUGACUUCCACCGGUAUGCUCGCCGAGCUGGGAAAGUAUUUGGUGUCAAGAUUUCACAAGUCAAAGUCCCCAUCCGAGUGAAGAAGCCCAACAAGAGUGGCCGGAAGAUUAAGCGGGAAGAGAUUGUUGACUUUCCCAUUAUCACCCUUUCUUCUUGGAUGUGCACUAUUCUCAGCUCCUGUCCACAAUUUUUCCUGGGUGGACAUGACCUAGAACAAGAGCAACUGUAUGGUGACAUGCUGCAGUCCUUUUGGGACCGAUUCGUUGAGGCAAACCCUGAGCACCCCAUGAAGGAGAAACCGUCUCAGCACAGACGAUUCACUGUACCGGUGGCAGUGCAUGGGGAUGAAGGCAGAGGCCUUGGACAUGUUCCCCUUCUCGUGGUCAGCUACCAAGUUGUGAUCCCAUACCACGGGGCCAAUGAGUUGAACCUUGCAAAGACCUUUGUCAAAAUUAGGCAUUCAUUCGCCAGCCGUCUUCUGUACUCCUUGAUCCCAGCCUCGUGGUAUGCUGCAAAGGACGCCAGCAUUUGCAGCCUCAGCCAGGCAUUGGCAGAUGACCUCACUGACCUGUUUGAAACAGGGGUGCCCAUUGAAGGCUACCAAUGCUUGGCCCGCAUGACUGCGGAGGGCGGGUACAAAAUGUACCGAGUGAGGCCAAAGUUGCACCUAUUCGUUCACAUAGUGACUCUCGGCUAA